CUUCCGUGCUGCAUCGGGUGUGGUUGCAGUCGCUUCUGACCAGUGAACACGUACACACGCAUUCUUCCCUUCAUUGCUAUCUUGGCUGCGUGCAUGGGCGCUCAUGUCCUUCCUAGCCAGGACUGAACACAUAACAGAGCGUGGAGAAGGAUCAUCUCUGCUCACCCCACCGCCGACCCCCGAUAUGACGGAAGAGGAAAAGUCCCGAGCGGAGAGGGCAACCCCAGACGAAGAGGCAGUGGACCUCUCCAGCAACUCUGAUAAGAAGAAGGACGACAUCCGGACGUCAUCGCCGAUCCCCAAUUCGUCCGGUAACAGUGCAUCCGCCUUCACCCCUGUGAUCCGAGUUGCAAAAUCCGAGGAACAGCUCCUUCGUUUCCUCCAUCACCAGGCGUUGGCCAAAUCCCUUCCCGCGCAUCCAGGGAUGCCGACUGAAGGCGGUCCAAAAAUCCCAUGGCCCUUCCCCAACCCGUUCUUCCCGUACGAUCUCCGCGGACUGAACCCCAGUCUGCUCCUUCCGGGUCUGAAUCCGUUGAUCCCGCCGUACCCGUCCGUGCCCCUCUUCCCGCCGUUGCACGAACAGAAGCUCCGCGUCCCCGGCCGGUCCAGCCGACCCAAGAAGCAGUUCAUCUGCAAGUAUUGCCAGCGCCAGUUCACGAAGUCCUACAACCUGUUGAUCCACGAACGGACCCACACGGACGAGAGGCCUUAUUCCUGCGACGUCUGCGGGAAGGCCUUCCGUCGACAGGAUCACCUCAGGGACCACAAAUACAUCCACUUGAAGGAGAAGCCGUUCCGAUGCGAGGACUGCGGGAAGGGCUUCUGCCAGGGGAGGACCCUGGCCCUCCACCGCACCGGAUCCAAGUGCCCCUCGCGGACGUCCAUUCCUCGGCCUGACCUUCCCCUCGUCCCACACAGCGAUCCGUUGCCGGUGGAGACGGCGAGAAAGCGGAAACGAUACACGGACUUCCGCAUCGACUCCAUCCUCUCGAGUUGAACCAACAAGAGUCAUCGCAUAAAUAUACAUAUAUAUAUUUUUAUAUUUAAAAGUUGAAAAUUUGUGGGGCAUUUCCAAAGAAGAUCCACGAGAAGUCGUCGAUCUCCUCCG